CCUGGACGUCGCGUGGACGAGGUUCUGUCUUCAUAGUUCAUAUUGUGAUUAGACUUACUUAACAGCAUACGCAUCUGUACUGAUUUAAUUGUAGUGAUCUAAUCAGGAUUUCACAAAAUAUUGAGGCUCGAGGGCUGAGUGGACUCGCUCAAGGUGUGGGAACGUUCAGGCGACGCGACGGGCGGGACACUAUAGAUGGUUUUGUUUCAACGUGCGCAUUGAACUCACAUUUUGUAUUUCAUUCAUAUGGAUGAAGUCGCAAUAGUAUAAUGUUCAAAUUAUUAGGAUGCUAUUGAAUUUUUGCAAUAUCAUAUACAAUAAAUAAUGUCUUAUACUACACAAAUACCUAGCAACGUUGUAACAGAGGCGUCAUUAGCGGAAGCGGAGGUGGAUGCGAAGGUUAACGGAAGUGGAGGCGGAAGUUUACUAAAUCGUGAUUUAUUAAAGAAAUUUUGGGUAAAUCGGUGUUAUUAUUGGGUAUCUUAUCUUGUUAAUACCACUCAAUUGCCUGGAAAAUGAGGAAAAGCGUUGUAGUCGUAGGUUAUUGACGGCGAUCCCCGGAGUACGACCCCCCGCGGCCGCCUCUCACAACUCUCCACAACACACUGUAUUCAAACGACAACAGCUGUCUAUCAAGUUCAAAUAAGAAUUCACCCAGUAAACAACAGCAGCGGUUUUGUCAUUACUGAGGGUAGAUGCAAAAUGGGCGGAGCCACCGCGACAUAUUCAUGUAAAACGUUAAACGGAACGAUGCGGCAAAAUGCGCGCGGGGCGCGGGUAUGCACACGUCACAAGGUUUCCUCAGUCGGCGCACCCGCACGUUGCACCAUGGCGCCCGUGCGCUUCACUCGCAAGGAGAUCGCGCUGCGCAACUCGGAGGAUGACGCGGUGGUCAUCAUCGACAACGUGGUGUGCGAUCUCACGCGAUUCCUGCUCGACCACCCCGGCGGCGUCGAGCCGCUCAUGGAGCUCGCCGGCAAAGAUGCCUCGGACGCCUUCCACGAGGUCGGGCACAGCGAGUACGCGCGCGACUGGAUGAUGACUUUCGCCAUCGGCGAGGUGGUGGAGGAGGAACGGCGCGCAGUGCUGCCCUGGCCCCCAUCUGUCAUCGACGAGCAGGCGGAGCAGCGCGAGCAGGGCGGGCCGGAGGGCGGGUCGACGUGGACUACGCCACUGCUGCUGGCGCUCGUCAUUGCGCUGCUCUCGGUCUACUCGUACCUCUGGCCGCAGGAACCGUAGCUGCGCCGAUGACAUUUGGAGGCGGCACACCUUCGCACAUCCCGAGGUUCCCCUCUUUCCGCUUCAAGGUAUCAUUACAAACAUGUUUAUAGCGGAUGCAGCGCCGCAGCACCGACCUACGUCCGACUUGGAGCUGUGAUAGCGGCGCUCGCCGAUUGUAAAGGUUCAUUAGCGCCUUCUGCCGACCGCCGACCGCCAUCUUGUCCGAUUGACUAGGUUUACAAAAAAUGUUAGGGAAUAGAUACCGAAGCGAUACGAUACUAUAGCAGCCAACAACACGGGGUGAAAGUGAUGACAUCUAGUUCUGUACGCGAGUGACUUUAAUAUUUUAAUAUAAAA